AUGUGUGUAAAUGUGUCUGUAUCGGCCCUAAGGUUCUCAUUUUCUUACAGUGACAUCUACGAUAUCACCUCGACACUGGAUGUGAAAAUAAAAGACAGCUCUCUGAAAAGCUCCUUCGGUAUCGAGCACCUUGGCAAAGUAUCCAUACCUUUGUUUAGGAUAACGAACGGCGAGCUGCGAUGGUUCGCGCUUAAAGACAAGAAUAAAAGAAAUAGUGCCAGAGGUAAUCAUCCGAGGGUCCUGUUGCAGAUGUCUAUAGAUUAUAGUCCGGUUAAAGCUGCACUAAAGUUAUUUUCACCCAAGGAAGCAAAAUACAUCGAAAAGUCUAGAAAACUGGAUAUCGAUGUUGUGUAUAAGAAUGUAAUUUUCAUACAAGAUGUAUUUGAAUUUCUGCACACAGCCGAUGAUGCAUAUAAGCGGUUUCUAGAAUGGGACAACAAAGAGUUAUCGCUGCUGGUGCUGGUGGGCUGGCUGGUGUUUUGGUUCUACUUCAGGCCGUGGACGAUCCCCCUGCUCCUAUUAGCUCCUUUCGUGCUACAAUUACUCAUCGGCCGAGCUUCAGAUGAUAAAGUAUUGGUAACAUCGUAUAGGGAGUUCGGAGAUCCAAGCCUGAUAAACACCAGCGAAAGGCACGACAAAAGUUUACCAGGAAAACUUAAGUCUUUACCUGAAGUGACUUUGAAAAUUAUCGACAACAUAGAACUAGUAGUAUCGUUUGCGGAAAGAAUGUAUAAUCUCGCUACGUUCAAGGUGCCGUUCAUCAGCUAUGUCACCAUGGUUUUACUAUGUGGGGCGUCGUUCGCUGUAUAUUUUAUUCCAAUAAACUAUAUGAUGAUGGCCUUUGGUUUGUACAAAUUCUUCAGAAAACAUUUGGAUCCGAGUAGAAAGCACAAUAACGACAUAGUUGACUUUAUUUCACGGAUACCAGACAAUGAGAUAUGGAAAGACUGGAAAGAAUUAAGUGUCCCGGAGCCUAUGCAGCGAAACGGUGAGCGGAGCAGUGUGCGCAAAAGUAAGGUUGCGAGGAGUGUCAGCGGCGUUGGAGAGACCACACAGUUAGACUCCCUAUAACACUCGCAUUAGGCAUUUUCAGAAUAUGGGUCCCCCUAAUUAACAACUUUCGCUAAUUGGGGGUCCCAAAUUCUGAAAAUGCCCAUUAACUAAUAUUUAGUUUCAUUAUUUAUACUGGCCAUCUAUACAUUUAGUCCACAUUAUUGUCCGUGGGUCCAUGAAAGGUUUUCAAUAGUAGGUAAUAUAGUCAACUGUAGCUAUGUAGUGAUCGGCCAUUCUCCAAAUUUGUAUGAAUCUUUGACGGAGUUGAGGAAGACAGCAGUCAUAUAAAUCGAGAAAGCAAUUGUACCUAUUUAUUGAUUUUAGCACUUUAAUUUUAAUAAGUAGUAAACUCACACUUUAGGUAAGUAAGAACAUGUGUUAGUAGGUAUGGCUGAAAGUACCUAGCAGAAGUAGUUCAAUUGUAUUGAAAUAAGUUUUUAAGGUAAGGAGGUUUAGAAAACAAAUAAAAUACAUUUUAAAUAACGUCAUAAAAAUUGCUUUACUUAAUCCAUUAAAUAAACUAGAAUCACAAUUUGCAUUACACCUAUAUUCGGCUAAAGUAGAUCUGUUACGAUAUGAUCAUGCUCGGAUAAACGCCCGACAUUUAGAAAAAAAUACCUUGUUCCGUACAGAUUUUUCAGAAAAAGAAGAUUUCAAAUUGUUGAAUUUUGGACUUAUUCAGAAUCGUUUGUGUUUUCAGGCCUUAUCUACUUGAAAACAAAUUUCCAACCCGUAACUUUUUUUACGGAAGCUCGUGAUGCACUUGAUAAUUAAGUAUCAUUUCAUACAACAUUUUGGCAC